AUGUCAGAUUUAUUAUUUAAUCGCUUAUUAUUAAGUUUUAUUAAUGUUAAAAAUCGACUUGAAUCUCUAUUAAAUUUAUGUUCUAUUAAUGAAUAUCGAUUAGAUAUAAAAGAAAUUCAAAUAUAUAUAAGAUCUGUAUCAAAUUUAAUUGAUAAUCUUCAAUAUGAAUUCAAAAUAAAUGAUAAUUUGAAACUGUUUUCAAAUCGUUCUUUAUGUAAAAAUAGUUGGACAUGGAAAAAAAUUCAACAAUUAAAUAACGAAGAACAAUCUUUUAACUUAGAAUUACUCGCUCUAUUACGUCUACAAAUGUUAGCUACAUGUUUUAAUAAAUUUGACAAACAAAAAUUUCUAUCUAUAUAUGAUGUUCCUCGAUUAUUUAACCAUUUAUCAUAUCUUCAAUCAAUAAGAUUUAUUGAUUGGAAAAAUGAUAUAAGUAUUUUAACAUGGUCUAUAUGGUUUGCUAUACUUUCGAGAAAAUCAUCGAAUCUUAAAAAAAUACAUUUUCAAAAUGUUUUUAUAUAUCCAAUAUUAAUUUGUCUUGUAAUUGAAUAUUUUCCUCACUGCUUAGAAACAAUUAUAUUUGAUUAUCAACAAGAUAAUAAUUAUAAAAAUUUUGAUUUCAUUUUAUGUUUACUUGGAAAUGAAAAUUUAAAACUAAGAAGUUUAACAGCUUCAUAUCAAUUAGGAAUUACAAAUUUUGGUAUUUUACAACUUGUUAAGAAUCUUAAUAUAUUAGUUGAACUUAACUUACUUAAUAUUAAUGCAAUAAAUGAUCAAUCGAUUAAAAUUUUGUGCGAUAAAUAUUAUAUUUAUUUAGAAACUCUGAGAAUUGAUGGUGCACAAUUAACAGAUAAAGCUUUAGAUUUUAUAGCACAAUGUCAUCAAUUACGAAAACUUAUGAUUGAAUUUUGUACAAAUAUGACAGGUGCAAAUUUUUCUAUUCCAAGUAAGAAUAAUUUUCAUAAACUUGAACAAUUAUAUUUAUCAACAUUAAAUAAUAUAUCAUCGAAAUCAUUUCAAUUAUUAUUUAAUAAAAAUUGUACUUUUAACUAUUUACAUAGUCUAACAUUAGGUGAAUGUCAUAUGAUUGAUGAUAAUUGUGUUCGGUUGAUUGUUCAAUGUUGUCCUCAUUUAAUUGAUUUAACCUGUUCAUCAGCAUAUGGUAUUACUGAUGAAGGUUUUAAUGAAAUUGUAACUCAUUGUAAUAAUCAACUUCGAUAUUUUACUUUAACAGGUUGCCAUCAAAUUUAUGGUGAAAUAUUACUUGAUGUAUCAGAAAAAUAUUUAAAAUCAAUAGAAUAUCUUAACUUAGAUAAAUGUAAUAAAAUAGAUGAUAUUAUUUUAAUUGAGUUAUUUCAACGAAAAAAAUUCAUAUCAAUUGUUAAUUCUUAUGGAUCAUUAAUUGAACUUUAG